AUGGGCGGCUGUGGUUCAUCUCAGGGUCAGACGGCUGGAAAGCCGGGCAGCAAGACCGAGAGCAAGUACAAGAGCGAGGCGAAGUCCAAAGGCACCCCUGCCGAGGAAAAGCAGGAGGCUAGGCGGAAGAAUGCCGAGUACAUCGGCAUCUUGACCGCCUUGGAGAGAGUCCCUCUGCUGAAGCGCUUGCCAAAGGACCAGCACCCCAUACUUGCGGCAUGUUGCGUGACGAAGGUGUACAAGGAAGGGCAGCUCUGCAUCAAGCAGGGCGACCUCGGCAAUGAGCUGUUCCUCAUCAGGAGCGGUGAGGCCGUCGUCCUCAUCGACGAGGGGAACGGCGGCAAGCCGAAGCAGGUCAACACCGUCCGGGAGGGCGAUUACUUCGGCGAGAACGCGCUGCUCCACGACGAGCCCAGGUCCGCGCCGGCGCCCCAUGGCCAUGGCAACGCGGGUGCUGCUGGCAACAUGAGCAAGACCGAGAAGGCGCUGCAGGCGGCACUUGCUGAGCUGGAGCAGCUCCGCAAGCAGGUGCAGCCGCAGGGCGACUCCCUUGCUGGAUCAGCCAUGGCGGUCGACCUGGAGGCGGAGGGCGACGGCGAGGGCGAGGCGCACCUGGCUGCCGAGGUCAAGGCCUUGGAGGCGCACACCGUGAUCGCCAAGCAGGGCCACGGCAGCUGGGCCGAGGAGCAGCAGCGCGUGCUGGCCGAGAAGCUUGCGCUCGCCAGGAAGAAGCUCCUCGACUCCAAGCCGCUCCACACGCACGUGCAGGCCCUGGCCAGUCAGGUCAAGGCUGGUGCGGCCAAGGUCGCGAAGGCUGAGGGGUGCAGAAGAAAGCUGCUGACGAGCUCGCGCGGGCGAAGGCUCGAGGAGGCCGAGAAGGACCUGGUGCUGCUGCAGCAGCAGCAGGCACAGCUGGAAGGAGAGCCCGGGCCGUUUCAGGCCUCGCUUGGACGCGCGCCAGAGCCCACCCAGCAGGCGGACUUCGUCAUGCCGUCGCUGGGGGUGCCCACUGAGGCCCUAGAGAGCAUCGUGCUGCAGCUCACGGAGGGCCCUAGUCUUAGUGGCGAUGCGAAGAAGCGACUCGUGGAAGGUAUCGGCGGCCAGAUCAACUAG